UAUAGGGCUGAUGAAUAAUCUCCUUUUGAGUGGUGGUGGAAUAUCAUACAUUUCUGCUGCACAUGGCCAGUUUUUACCUCGUGCUUUACAAAACACAGAGAACGAGACCAGACCUGUGCAGAUGAUGUUCAAGAAGGACAGAUUUAAGAUGGCUUACAUUGGGGACUUGCAGACCAAAAUCCUUGAGCUGCCCUAUGUGGGGUAAUGACUGAGCAUGAUCAUCCUGCUCCCUGAUGCAAUCCGGGAUGGAUCCACUGGCUUGGAAAGACUGGAGAAAGAACUUACAUAUGAGAAGCUAAUAGGUUGGAUCAGUCCUGAGAUGAUGAAGUCUACAGAGGUGAGGGUGUAUUUACCCAGAUUUAAACUGGAAGAAGAUUACCAUCUGAAGGGCCUUCUGAGCAGCAUGGGAAUGCCUGAUGCAUUUGAGCUGGGGAAGGCAGACUUCUCAGGAAUCUCAUCUGGCAAUGAGUUGGUGCUGUCUGAAGUGAUUCACAAGUCCUUUGUGGAAGUCAAUGAAGAAGGCACUGAAGCAGCUGCUGCCACAGCUAUCCUAGCGAUAGGGUGUUGUGCUCCAGUGCCCACUCCAGAAUUCACUGCUGACCAUCCCUUCCUCUUCUUCAUCCGGCACAACAAAACUUCCAGCAUUUUGUUCUGUGGCCGUUUUUGCCAUCCCUAAGGAGGAGAUGUCUUGGCAGCAUAGGUGCCAUCCCACAAUAAAUUUACAUUUCCCUAGAACUAGGUGAAUCCUUUUGCAUUAAUUGUCUCUUUCAGCUGUGCCUGAACUUCUGUAGUUGUGAUUCCCGCCUUCCUUUGCAUGAAUAACAGAGCUGUUUAGACAAACACAGCACCUGCCAUGUCCAACCCCCUCCUUGCCUGGGAGCAGAAGUCUCCAGGUUCUUGGUCACACAUUUGUAGCUGCCCUCCCCUUUUACCUUCCAGUCUCAUCCAUUUAGUGCCUUGAUCCAUUUCAGCCUGGAGCUGAAAGGAGUUUUUGGCAGCCUGUUCUAGCUAUUGCUGAGCAUCCUGCAUAGAUGUGGGUAUUUGAUGCUAACAAGUGGAGCAGCAUAUAGGCAAGAAUGGGAAUGAAAGUAUGCUUUUAUAGCAGAUGUCCCCGUGAGGCAUUUGUGGAGUGAGUGUCUUUCUUUCACCACCCCAGGACAGCUGGGUUUAUUGCCUGCCACCUGGUUCUGAUCCUUUAACAAAGAAUGUAACAAAAGGGCACAUGGUGUCUAUGCAAUGUUUGAAUGACAAAGCCUUGAUUUUAAUUUAAUUACUAUUCUAUGUUUAUGCUAUUAAUAUUUUCUUAGAAGCCAUUGUUUACCUGUAUAAUACCAAAGACACAGCUGCAACAGUUGCUUUCCUUCCAUUGGGAUGUGUUUUGUGGCUCCUGUUCCUGGAAUAAUAAAGGAAG